CCCACGGGCUCAGCGCGCGGCGGCAACAGGGUUCUCAGCCGCCAGAGUUGUCGUGAUGCUUUGUCGUUCUUUCGUCCGUCGCUGCCAGGCCGGGCCUCAGGGUUUGGCACCAAGAUUUUCCUUAUACCAUCUUUUAGGGCGCUAUCAGUGUACUAAGGAAGAUGACCAUCAUUCCUAUGGAGAAAUGGGAAUUCCAGUUCCUCCUUUUGGCUGUAGCUUUUCAACAGCACCAGCUGUGCAGCAUGUACUUGGUGUUGCCAACGAAGAAGGAUUUGUUAGGCUGUAUGAUACUCACACACAAUCAAGCAACAAGAAAGUUGUUAAAGAAUGGCAGGCUCAUUUAAAUGCUGUAUUUGAUCUUGCAUGGAUGCCCUACGAACACAAAAUUGUUACUGCUUCAGGGGAUCAAACAGCGAAAGUGUGGGAUAUAAAGACUGGUGAACUACUGGGAGUGUGCAAAGGACAUCAGUGCAGUCUCAAGUCAGUUGCUUUUUCUAAAUUUGAAAGAGCUGUGUUCUGUACUGGAGGAAGGGAUGGAAAUAUCAUGAUCUGGGACACUCGAUGCAAUAAAAAAGAUGGAUUUUACAGACAAGUUAAACAAAUAAGUGGUGCCCACAACAUCAUAGAUAAGACACCAUCCAAACUGAAGAAGAAAAAGCAGAAUGUGAAAGGACUUGCACCCUCAGUGGAUUUCCAGCAGAGUGUGACAGUGGUAAUACUUCAAGAUGAACACACCUUAAUCUCAGCAGGAGCUGUUGAUGGUGUGAUCAAGAUAUGGGAUCUGCGGAAGAACUACACUGCAUACCGGCAGGAACCGGUGCCAGCCAGAGUUUUCAGCUAUCCUGGAAACAGCACUCGUAAACUUGGAUAUUCCAGCCUUAUUUUGGAUUCCACCGGUACCAAUCUAUUUGCUAAUUGCACUGAUGAUAAUAUAUACAUGUUCUGCAUGUCUGGUCUGAAGAACACUCCAGUGUCAGUUUUCAGUGGACAUCAAAAUUCCAGUUUCUAUGUCAAAUCCAGCAUCAGCCCAGAUAACCAGUUCUUAAUCAGUGGUUCAAGUGACCAACAUGCCUAUAUCUGGAAGGUAUCUGAACCCCAACUUCCUCCCAUGGUACUUCAUGGCCAUCUGCAAGAGGUCACUUCUGUUGCCUGGUGUCCAUCUGAUUUCACUAAGAUUUCCACCUGUUCAGAUGACAACACUGUCAAGAUUUGGCAUUUGAGGCAAAGUACCGAAGAAGAGACCUGGAUAGAUAAAAGCAGCUUGGUUGGUUGGACUGAUCAAAAGAGAGUGGUAAAACAAAACGAGAUAGGAGUUCUUAGCGGCAGGCAUGGUACUCCACCUAAAUUUCUUCCAACAGGCAGCCCUCUUAUUUCUUCACCACAGCCAGCUGCUUGUGCUCCAACUUAUACAGGAGAUCUUCCUCUUCCUACCAACACACCAACAUCAUCUUCCGCCAAGACACCAACCAUCUCAAUUUAUACCUUCACUCCUGCAAAGCAGAAAGCUACUUCACGUACCGCAUCCAAACUAGUGCUUCCUUCAAAUAUGUCCAUUCAACAACGGGUUACAAAGACUCCAAAUUCAUCUCCGACUAUGAAGGAAACAAAGAUACUUUCUCCACAGAUAGCUGUAGCAGAAAUUCCUGACACUGCCUUUGCUUCCAGGUCACCACAUCUGAGGUCAGAAACACGUGCCAAGAGAAGGCUAGAAUCCAGUAGGGAAGAAAAUAUGUUGUGUCUCAAAAGCUGUAACUGUGUAACUGAGCUUCAUCCAGAGUCUAAAAAAUCCAGACUGGGACAAUUCACUUUGGCAGCAGGUUCAAAGCCUUGUAGAAAAGACUGCCUGACUCUUAAUGGACAAGUGCAGGAUAUUCAAAGCCUGAAAGAGCCUUUUUCUCCUGGAAGUCCUUGUUCUUCUGCUACCUGUCUAAAUUUUCCACAUCUUAUCAAGUCAUCUUGUGAGAAGAUGGCUGACAAGGAGAAUGGUUCUCCUGACAGAAGAAACUGGCUGUCUGAUUUGGGAAAUAAACUACGAACUAACAAGAUGAAUAACCCAAGUGGGUCAUCCCCAUCAUUAGGGAACCUAAGCACAAAACGAAUGGAAACUAGGACAGGAGCUACAUCACCAGGACCUAUUAUAACUACAAUAACGAUGAGGAAGAUUUGCACAUACUUCGAGCGAAAGUCACAGAAAAACUAAAGAACUGUGCUUCAUGUUUACCUUAUUGCUGAAACGUACUUUAUACUACUGCAGAUGGAUUUAGUUUUCUCCACAAAAAAGUUAUCCAUACAUCUUAAUUAAAACUAACACUUUCUAUUUUUUUUCUAUUUACCCUUUAUUGUAUUUAAUUAGGGCACUGACUAAUGGAGAAACAGGCUCAAUGAAUGAAACAGAGCUAAUCCUUUUGAUUUUAAGAUUUAAGUUUGUUUCUUUUACAGUAAAUUGCAGCAAAUAUUUUUUCAAAGCCUUUUUGAAUAUACUUUUUGAAUAUACUGUUUGAAUAUACUUUUUUCAGCAUCUGCUUUUUAGCAAAGAAAAAUUUAACUGCUAAAUUAGCACAUAAUGCAAAAGGGAAAAGGAACCAUCAACUCAAGAAUGGUUUACUUGAUCUUCUGCCUUAUACUGAAGGAAAUGCCUUUAUUUUGUGCUUCACAGUUUCCCACUGUUGUAUUGGUGUCAAAAUGUUGUUUUCUUAUA